AUGAUUAUCCUCUUGAUCAACGCCAUAAAGCACGGAUUUAUAUUAAAUUCCAAACUAGAUACCCCUUUUUCAGCCUCGAUUCAACGGCAGAACGAAGUACCGAUAGAAAAAUCAAUCACUCCUGAGCAGCAGACUACUAACACUCUAUCUUAUGCUGGACAAGAUAAUCAAUCUAACCAAAUGGCAUAUCUGCCGAAAGGUGAAAAUCUUCCGCCCUGGCAGACUAUCCACUUGUUCAACUUAGAGUCAAAUCUCUGCCCAGAUUUAACUUCAAUUGGAGGUGAAAAUCGGAAAUUUUCCUCUGGCUCUUAUACUAUAGGGAAAAAGAAGGCUAAUGCAAACCUGGCUCUCAUGCCAGAGCAAGGAUUCCGCUUUGAUUCAGCUAAACAGAUCUCCCUGGACAGUGCCUGCUGCGGGUAUUGGAAUAGUCUGACAGCUGCGAAAUUUCCAGACGCUUUUGCAGGCAGUGGUAAAAGACCUUACACAUCCACUUCACCAAAAACUGCUGUCGCUAGAGCACGUCUAUGCAACGUCAUUACAAACGCCAAUUUUCGUACUCACAAGGUUCCCGAUGACAUACCUAUUGUGCAAGAGUCGGCUGGUGGUGAAUCACAAUCAGUUAUCAGAAAUCAUUCUAAAGAAAACUAUAGGCUGUCUGACCCAUGA